AUGGAAAGAAUCAUGAAGGGGAUAUUUUUUCUCUCUCUUUUGAGUCUUCUAGCAACUUGUGUUGUGCAUGGAAUUUUUAUGGACAAACUUGCUACCAAGAAGCUCUGUGCUGAUGAAGAGUGUGUCUAUACAAUUUCCCUUGCUAAAGCUCAAGAUGAUUAUAAUGCCCCUGACUGUAGGUUCAUUAACAUUAAAAAGGGGCAGCAGAUCUAUGUUUAUUCAAAACUAGUGAAGGAAAAUGAAGCUGGAGAAUUUUGGGCUGGAAGUGUAUAUGGUGAGCAUUAUGAGGAAGAAAUGGGAAUCGUAGGGUAUUUUCCCAGCAAUUUGGUCAAAGAGCAACAUGUCUACCAAGAGGCAACCAAAGAAAUUCCUACAACGGACAUUGACUUCUUCUGCGAGUAG